GCAAACUCAUGUCCAAACUGCGACUUCAUUGAAGCUUACGAUGACCGGUGAGGCAAUCCUAAGAUGAUUCCGAGGUGGGUCUUAGUUUUGCGAGCGACGUCACGUCCCCCUCCACAGCAGUCAGUACGGCGGCCAACCGACGCGGGCGCACCACGGCCGAGACUUUCUCCUCGCGACACCUCAGCUGGAGAAACAGGCGCGGAGGUGAGUCGUACACGCAACUGCGCGCGCAUCGACCGCCUUCGAUGCUGCCGCAAUAACACCUCUAAAACAGCACUUCCGCGUACGAAUUGCCGCUUUCGCUCCGUAAACAGUUCUCGUGUGAACGUACCGUGUUUUCAAACAACACCAUCAAGCACCAUUACAAUCCGGACUGUUGGUCGCAGCGGCUUCCGUAGUUACAUUCGCAAAAUGCUGGUGUGAUGCCUAAUCGUAAUUAAUGGUUCUAUGAUCAAGAAACAUGGCUGAAGGGAGUGCACGAUACUUGUUAGGACUCUUAGCAAUCGUAGCAGUGGUUACACAGUCCUUUUGUGAUCCAGAAAUAUACUACGAGAAACAGCGAUACGAUGGCUGGUUCAAUAACAGAGCCUAUCCAGAUUGGGGGUCAGUCGGCAGUCGGUUAACGCGCAAAACUCCGGCGUCAUACGCAGAUGGCGUGUACAUGAUAGCCGGUGCAGAUCGACCAGGAGCCAGGACUUUAUCCAAACUGUUCAUGCGGGGGCAAGAUGGACUACCAUCACUUGCGAACCGGACUGCUUUACUUGCCUUCUUUGGACAAGUAGUGACGGGGGAAAUCGUUAUGGCAUCAGAAUCUGGCUGCCCCAUCGAACACCAUCGGAUACCAGUAGAUAAAUGCGAUCACAUGUAUGAUCCUGAGUGCCAAGGGGCCAAGUAUAUGCCAUUCUUGAGAGCCGCCUAUGAUCGUUCUACUGGUCAGAGUCCAAACAGCCCUAGGGAACAAAUAAAUCAGAUAACGUCGUGGAUCGAUGGCAGUUUCGUGUACAGCACCAGUGAGGCGUGGGUGAAUGCAAUGAGGUCAUUUCAGAAUGGAAGCCUAGCGAGUGAGGGAGGGAUGCCUCUAAGAAACACGAAACGGGUGCCGCUUUUCAAUAAUCCAGUGCCACACUACAUGCGCAUGCUGAGCCCGGAGAGACUGUAUUUACUCGGUGAUCCGCGUACUAACCAGAACCCGGCGAUGGUCACAUUUGGUAUCCUGUUGCUGCGGUGGCACAACGUGGUGGCAGCUCGGGUCCACCGCCAACAUCCAGACUGGAGCGAUGAACAGCUCUUCCAACGAGCGAGACGCAUUGUUAUAGCUAGCUUACAGAAUAUUAUUCUUUACGAGUAUGUGCCGGCUUUCCUCGGGUUGCCGCUUCCAAAAUACAAUGGCUACAAAGCAGAAGUGGCACCAGGUAUCACGCACGCGUUCGCAGUGGCUGCAUUUCGUUUCGGUCAUACUCUGGUCCCACCAGCUAUAUUGCUAAGAGACAGAAGCUGCAGAUAUAGCAGAGCUCCCGGUGGACACGACGCUGUGAGACUAUGUCAGACUUGGUGGGAUGGAAAUGAUGUUAUGUCACAAGUGCCUAUAGAAGAAAUACUUAUGGGGAUGGCAUCUCAACUGUCUGAACGUGAGGAUGCUUUACUGUGCUCGGAUGUACGAGAUAACUUAUUUGGACCUAUGGAAUUCUCAAGGCGAGAUCUUGGAGCCCUUAACAUAAUGAGAGGAAGAGAUAAUGGAUUACCAGAUUAUAAUACUGCCAGAGAAUAUUUUGGAUUAUCUAAAGUGAAAACUUUUAAUGAAAUUAAUCCGGAACUAUUCGAAAAUAAUCCAGAACUAUUACAAAAAUUGAUUCAAGCAUACGAUGCAAGACUGGACAAUAUUGAUGUUUAUAUUGGUGGAAUGUUAGAGUCUACAGGUCACCCUGGUGAACUUUUCAGAGCCAUCAUUAUGGAUCAGUUUGCAAGAAUAAGAGAUGCCGAUAGAUUUUGGUUCGAAAACGAGAAAAAUGGAAUAUUUACAAGACAAGAAAUAGACGAGCUUCGUCGCAUUACAAUGUGGGAUAUAAUAGUGAACAGCACUGCGAUCGCGCCGGCUGACAUACAAAGGGACGUGUUCCACUGGCGAGCCGGUGACCCCUGCCCACAGCCCUACCAGCUAAACGCAUCUAAACUACCACCCUGUAAAUACCUUAAAGGAUAUGAUUAUUUUGAGGGCAACGAAUUCGCCUACAUAUACACGUGUCUCGUGCUCGUGUUCGUACCGAUAUUAUGCGCCGGUGCAGCGUACGGCGUGGUCAAACUGCAAAACAGUCGCCGACGGCGACUCAAGAUACAACAGGAGCAUCUGAAAAACGCACAGUACAAAGGUUCAGUAGAUAAAAUGGUGUGUCGAGAGUGGGUACAUGCUUCCCAUAAACGACUGGUGAAGCUACGCCUAGGACCAGAACCGGCACUUCACGUAACAGACAGAAAAGGCGAUAAACUGCGCACCGUACCUUUGGACCAUACCGAUCAACUCACAGUACUAGAAAGUCAGGAGGGUCGCAACAACAAGCGCCCGUUGGUAUUGAUCCGCGCGGCACGAGAACAUGAUCUGGUGCUCGAAAUGGACUCGGUGGCAUCGCGGCGGAAGUUCCUCGUCAAACUAGAUACCUUCCUAGCACAACAUAAGAAGGCGCUAAACUUAAGCCAGGGUCACCGGGAGCAAAUAUUGGCUACAGCUGAAACCAGAGAACGAAGGCAACGCAGACUCGAGCACUUCUUUAGAGAAGCGUACGCCAUCACUUUUGGUUUGGCACCUGGUGAAAAACGAAGAAGAUCAGAAGAUGCUGAUCCUGAGUCAAUAGUAAUGAGAACAUCAUUGUCGAAAAGUGAAUUCGCCAGCGCUCUCGGUAUGAAAGCAGAUGCAGUAUUCGUCAAGAAAAUGUUCAAUAUUGUAGACAAGGACGGAGAUGGUAGAAUCUCAUUCCAGGAAUUUCUCGACACUGUAGUAUUAUUCUCACGUGGUGCGACAGAGGACAAGUUGCGUAUAAUCUUCGACAUGUGCGACAAUGAUCGCAACGGCGUCAUAGACAAGGGUGAGCUGAGUGAGAUGCUGCGCUCGCUGGUCGAGAUCGCGCGGACUACAUCACUCCGGGACGAACAUGUCACCGAGCUCAUCGAUGGAAUGUUUUUGGAUGCCGGCCUACAGCAUAAAGAUCAUCUCACGUAUUCAGACUUUAAAGUUAUGAUGAAAGAAUAUAAAGGCGAGUUUGUAGCCAUUGGUCUCGAUUGCAAGGGCGCUAAACAGAACUUCUUGGAUACGUCAACUAAUGUAGCCAGGAUGACCAGUUUUCAUAUUGAACCUUCUAUGGAACAAUCUAGACAUUGGUGCCUGCUCAAAUGGGAUUACCUAACGACCUUCUUAGAAGAGAAUAGGCAAAACAUUUUCUAUUUGUUCAUAUUCUACGUAGUUACUAUCGGACUAUUCGUAGAGAGAUUCGCUCACUAUUCCUUCAUGUCGGAACAUUUGGACUUGAGACAUAUAAUGGGAGUUGGAAUCGCUAUCACUCGAGGAUCCGCCGCGUCACUAUCCUUCUGCUACAGUCUUCUAUUAUUAACAAUGUCCAGGAAUCUACUAACUAAACUCAAGGAGUUCAGUAUCCAGCAGUAUAUUCCAUUGGACUCCAGUAUUCAGUUCCACAAGAUAGUAGCGUGUACUGCUUUGUUCUUCUCACUUCUGCAUACCGCUGGGCACAUGGUGAACUUCUAUCACGUGUCCACACAACCUGUUGAGAAUCUGCGAUGCCUGACCAAGGAAGUUCACUUCACGUCUGACUUCCGGCCAGGGAUCACAUAUUGGGUGUUCCAAACCGUUACUGGUAUAAGCGGCGUGGCGUUGUUCGUGAUAAUGUGCGUGAUGUUCGUGUUCGCACACCCGCGCGUCCGCAAGCGAGCGUACCCGUGGUUCUGGCGCGCGCACUCCCUGCACGUGGCGCUGUACGCACUCUGCCUCGUGCACGGGCUCGCCCGUCUCACCGGAGCGCCGCGAUUCUGGAUCUUCUUCCUCGGACCAGCCAUCGUGUACAUCCUCGAUAAGGUUGUAUCUCUACGAACGGAAUACCUCGCGUUGGAUGUGUUAGAAACCGAAAUGUUACCAUCAGAUGUGAUUAAAAUUAAGUUCUACAGGCCUCCGAAUUUAAAAUACUUAUCAGGCCAAUGGGUGAGACUAGCGUGUACGUCGUUCAGGAAGGAGGAGUUCCACUCGUUCACGCUGACAUCAGCGCCGCAUGAGAACUUCCUCUCCUGCCACAUCAAAGCACAGGGACCAUGGACCUGGAAGCUAAGGAAUUAUUUCGACCCAUGCAACUUCAACCCGGAAGAUCAACCAAAAAUAAGAAUCCAGGGUCCAUUCGGAGGCGGUAAUCAAGACUGGUACAAAUUUGAAGUGGCAGUAAUGGUUGGCGGCGGUAUAGGAGUCACGCCGUAUGCCUCUAUACUCAACGACCUCGUAUUUGGCACUUCUACUAACAGAUACUCCGGUGUUGCCUGCAAAAAGGUAUAUUUCCUGUGGAUCUGUCCGUCACACAAACACUUCGAGUGGUUCAUCGACGUGCUCCGUGACGUGGAGCGGAAGGACGUGACAAACGUGCUCGAGAUACAUAUAUUCAUCACGCAGUUCUUCCACAAGUUCGAUCUUCGCACCACCAUGCUUUACAUCUGUGAGAACCACUUCCAGCGGUUGUCACGUACGUCCAUGUUCACCGGCUUGAAGGCGGUGAACCAUUUCGGUCGCCCAGACAUGUCCUCGUUCCUCAAGUUCGUGCAGAAGAAACACAGUUAUGUAUCAAAGAUCGGUGUAUUUUCAUGCGGACCUCGUCCACUGACAAAGUCAAUAAUGUCUGCAUGUGAACAAGUCAACCGCACUCGUCGGCUCCCGUACUUCAUACAUCACUUCGAGAACUUCGGGUAACCUACGACGGCCACAUGUACUGGACUUUAGAGAUAAAUUUAGGCUAAAAAUUAGCAGAAUCAUUUGUAAGUUAGAAUAAUACCACUUCCCGAGUUACCAAUGUAUUUGCUUAUUUAUUUUAUUAAUGUGUUAGAUAGAGUUUGUAUAAUGUAUUUAGUGAGAUAGUUAAUUUAAUUAUUCUUGUAGAUAGCUAUCAAAGUCGUUAAAAUAUAUGCAAAGUGAAGCAUAUAUGUAUGAGAUAAUAAAUAAUUCGCAAAUAUUUCCUAAUUCUAUAAACAUUACCAUGAUAAUUCUGAAACAUUACUUUGUAUAUAUAAAACUAAAUAACCGUGAACUUUACCGUUAUAAUAUUUUGUUCCGUAAACUUUUAGAAUCAAACAAACACAAAAUUUUAAGUGAAGCGUACCUAACGUUGGUAUAUUAGUGAUAAUAACACCCAAAUCGAUUUCGACAAUCGACAAGAGCACAAGCUGAAAAAAUUCUAAUAAUCGUUAUUGUGUUUUAUGUAUUAUAUUAGUGUGUUUCUAUUGGGUUGAUUAAACAAAAUGGACGAAUGAAUGGAAAAUAAAUUAAUAUAAAUAUUAUGUACAGAUACUACUUAAUUAUGUUUAAUAAUAUUAUUUUUCUAACAGUACUGUAUAAAUAACUACAGCUAAUUACUUGACAUCAAUGUCCUAGAACUUAUUCCUUUAGCUAUGUACUGAAAUAAUAUAUGCUACCCCUAUAAUAUUCCUAUAAUAAUAUGCUAUAGGCAAGGUGAAAAAAGAUUUCAUUAUAUUUACACAUUAAUUAUGGCGAAGUAAAAUGAUCUUUAUCUUUUUACAGCUAUAAACCAAAAUUAAAUUACUAUAUACAUGGAAAAGAAGGAUUU